AUGGGCAAAAACUCUGUGCCAAACACCGGGGAUCGGGAGGACGCGCCCGGAAAUGUGGGAUUUUAUGACCAGUUAUUGGCUCUCAAAUGGGUUAGAGAAAACAUCCAUUCAUUUGGCGGAGAUAGGGAUCAGAUCACCAUUUUUGGUGAAAGCGCCGGGAGUUGGUCGGUGUCCGCACACAUACUCUCCCCGCUAUCUAAGGGUAUGUUUAAGAGGGCUAUUAUGGAGAGCGGCGCCAAUAUGUAUAACAAAGACAGAGAAGUGGUCAACAAAACCGAAGCCAUGGCUUUGGGUAAAAAUAUAGCGAAACAAUUGAAAUGCAAUGAAACCGAGGAUUGGAUACAAUGUCUGCGAAGAGCGGACGCCAAAGAUAUACUCAAAUAUGAGAACCCAAUCGGCACUUACCCGGUGUUUGGCACAGAGUUUUUGCCCAUUUUUGCCCGACAAGCUUUCAAUGAAAAGAAGUUUAAUACAGACAUUGAUUUAAUCGCUGGCAUCAACCAAAACGAGGGCUCAGCGUAUGUUUAUUAUCUCAUUAAAGACCCAACUCUUAUAACACUAACCGACUUUCAUAACGCGCUAAACGCACUUGAUCAAUUUGGCUAUCACAACGUCAACGUACAAAAAGUGACGGAAAGUUACCUGAAAGGUGUCAACACUAGCGAUAGUCAGUCACUUCGCACUGCUUUAGGGGCAGUAAUAGGCGAUAUAAUGCUCGGGUGUCCGACAUAUCUGUUCGCCAAACGGUUCGCACAAACUGUCAAAGAGUCGCAAAGGGUUUACUUUUACGAGUUGUUGUACGCGAGCGAGUUUUUUGCUAAGCAAAUGAACUGCGAUGUAAAGACCAUGGGCAUUUGUCACGGCAUGGAUUUGCCAUUUGUUUUUGGUCUACCAUUAAUUAAUCCCAACGAUUACACCACAGAAGAUAAAUAUUAUAGUAAUGUAGUGAUGAAAAUGUGGGUAAAAUUCGCUACCGAUGGUCAUAUGGACUCUGAUUGGCCGCAACUGUUAAACGAUGAGCCGAUGGGUGCGCCCAAAGUCCACGGUUUGGAUCCCAAAGACCUGAGCCUAGUAUUGAAAGAGCCGUUUCAUGAAACUUGUGAUGGCGUGUGGGCCGACUACUUCCUAUAA